GAGGACAAGCGUGAAAUAAAACCCUUCACUUUCUUUGGCAUUUGUCUUCACUUCUUCUAUCUCUCUCUCUCACACACAGAAGCAGAAUCCAGAGAGUCUCUAAUGGCAGAAUGAACAAAGGAAUUAACAAUCUCCUUCUUCUCGGAAGAGAAAGAUCAUGGCUUUAGAAGAAGAAGAAGAGAGUCAAAACGCACCGUUUUGUGUUCUUGAUGGUCUUUUCUGUGAGGAAGAGAGUGAGUUUGAGGAACAAGAAGCAGAUUUGUGCGACGAGAGUGUCAAAAAGUUUCCGUUUUUACAUCUGGGUUUGUCUGAUCAUGAUAUGUUUUGGGAUGAUGAUGAGUUAUUAACUUUGAUUUCGAAACAAGAACCGUGUCUUUAUGACGAAAUCUUAGAUGAUGAGUUUCUGGUUCUGUGUCGUGAAAAGGCUCUUGAUUGGAUUUUCAAAGUGAAAUCUCAUUAUGGGUUUAAUUCAUUGACGGCUCUUUUAGCUGUUAAUUACUUCGAUAGGUUUAUUACAAGCAGGAAGUUUCAGACAGAUAAGCCAUGGAUGUCUCAGCUUACUGCUUUGGCUUGUCUGUCUUUAGCUGCUAAGGUUGAAGAGAUCCGAGUUCCUUUACUCUUAGAUUUUCAAGUGGAAGAAGCAAGAUAUGUCUUUGAGGCUAAGACUAUACAGAGAAUGGAGCUUCUUGUUUUGUCUACUCUUGAGUGGAAGAUGCAUCCUGUGACUGCAAUCUCGUUUUUCGAUCACAUUAUUCGACGAUACAGCUUUAAAUCUCAUCAGCAAUUGGAGUUCUUGAGUAGAUGUGAAUCGUUGUUGCUCUCCAUUGUUCCUGAUUCGAGGUUUCUGAGGUUUAGUCCUUCUGUGUUAGCCACUGCAAUAAUGGUCUCUGUCAUUAGAGAUUUCAAGAUGUGUGACGAAGCUGAUUACCAAUCUCAGCUCAUGACUCUACUCAAAGUUGAUUCGGAGAAAGUAAAUAAAUGCUAUGAGUUAGUGUUAGACCACAGUCCAAGCAAUAAAAGGAUGAUGAAUUGGAUGCAACAACCCGCUAGUCCGAUCGGGGUGUUUGAUGCGUCAUUCAGUUCUGAUAGCUCGAAUGAGUCCUGGGUUGUGUCUGCUUCUGCUUCAGUGUCGUCUUCACCAUCUUCAGAGCCUUUGCUAAAGAGGAGAAGAGUGCAAGAGCAGCAGAUGAGGUUAUCUUCAAUAAACCGAAUGUUUCUCGAUGUGCUUAGUAGUAGUCCUCGCUAAUAAUGUCUCGAUUUAGUUACUUAAAAUCUGUUUCCAUGUUUUACAUAUUAUCGGCUAUGUGGUACGGUUGAAACAUUUAUGUGUUGUUACUCGGUUCUUGUGUUUAUGGACGGUUGCAAAUGGUGUUCUUUUCGUUAUUUGAUAAUCGAAAAACAAAGUUCUUUCGUUUA